AUGGGCGCCAAAGCCGCCCAAGCCAACCCGGACUGGGAGGCGAAAAAGGCGCUCGAGGAGCUCCAGUGGAAGUGGGGACGGCACGAGGUGCAGGGCCUCGACCCCAGCCGCGCAGAGGCCCUGGCGCUCUCGCCGACCCAGCACCAGGUCGGCUACACUAUUCGCUCGGCCGAGCAGCUGCCGCCGGCGCUGGCUCACGCCGGAGCCUCGGCGCGCCUCGUCCGGCGCACCGCCGAGCUGAUGCUGCGACACUCGAUUGUGUGCAAGUCGACGCAGGAGUACUUUGACGAGGUGCUGCGCACCGCACGGAUGCAGUAUGAAGGCUACCGCGCCGCGGCCGAGGUGCUGGGCAAGAUCCUCGCGCGGCCGCCGCUACUGGACGUAUGGGAGAAGUCGUGCCCGGGGCUGCUCCGUGCAAAGACGCGUGAGCUGGCCCUGCAGACCGAGGGCACCGCAUCGUACGAUGGCGCCUUUGUGGAGAAGCUGCGGAUCGAGCAAAUCUACUCGGCGGUGGUCGACCUCAAGAGCCUCGAGACGGAGCGGCCGAUCCGCGAGGGCGACAUCCGCGCCCGCUUCGACGCCGUCUCGCGGCUCGCCGCCGUGGAGCAGGCCAAGGUGAUGGCGCAGGAGAAGCUGCUCGCGGAGGAGCUCGCCGCCAUCGGCGACGGCUCCGAGACGGUCGCCGAGUACGCAGGCAAGCUCGCGGAGAGCCUAUCCACCAGCCAACUGCGGCUGUCGGACUGCAAGCUGCUGCAGCUGCCCCCGCUGGUCUGCUCCUUUAUCCACAUCGAGGUGCUCGACCUCUCUGCCAAUGCGCUCGAGGCGCUGCCGCCGGAGAUUUGCCAGCUGACCGCGCUCAAGAAGCUGUACGCAGUUGACAACAAGUCUCAGGGCCCUAGAUGCAAGAUGGGCAUGCGCAACAGAUACCUCCUCGCGCCUAAUCACAUAGCGACCGAGUGUGGGGUCGUGCCGAGGCUCAGAUGCGGGGCAGUACUCACCCCUGCCUCUCCAUGCAGGUUGGCGACGGUGCCCGACGAGCUGUGGAAGCUCCACCGCACCCUCAUGUACUUGGCGCUUGGCGGGAACCCACUCGUCGCGGAGGUGCGCCAGCUCUAUCUCGAGGGCUUGCCGGUCCUCCUGGCGCACCUCAAGCUGCGCCACCGGCGGAGGAGGCGCGAGGCGACAUCGGAGCAGGGCUUCUUCCCGCGCCUCGCCUCGCACCACGGGGCAGAGGCGAUCCGUGCGACCCGCUCGGCCUCCGAGCCGAACAAAGGCGCACUGCCCUUCACAAGCUACCCGCCCACCCCGCUGCCCGCGAAGCGCGGCGUCUUUACGCGCGGCGUCACGCUCGACGACACAGACCUGCCAGACUACCGCCCUCCGCGCGACCGCGCCCCAGCGCCCGGCGUGGCUCCGGUGCUCCAGACGGGGUGCGGCACGGCGGCAGAGAUGGAUGCCGAGGCGGAGGCGGAGGCGGAGGCCGCACAGCGUCGGCUCGAGGAGGGACUGCGGACGCGGAGCUGGUCGUACGGGCUGGCCGGGCUGCUCGAGACGUACGGCAGCACGCGCUCACGAGGCAUCAGCGGGCCGUGA